AUGGGUCCUCGGUUCAAUAGUCGUUAUAAAAAUAUCCACUUGAACAAGGCUGACAUGAGACUGUACCCUACCCACCUUGCCAUUGCUUCACUGAAUAUAGGUUUAGAUUUGGAGACUCUCCAUCAUCAUCAUCUUGGGAUGAGCUGGUCUAUGCUAACAGUUGAUGCAGCAGAGGAGAAUCUUCAAUUCAAGAUCUUCACUCAGGAAGUCCCAAAACCACUGAAAAUGGAUCUCUCCAAGGGUACACCUAAAGAAGAGAAUCUAAAGCAAAAGCAAUACAUAGGAGUUCGAAGGCGACCAUGGGGAAGAUUCGCGGCCGAGAUAAGGGAUUCGACAAGACAAGGAAAGAGGGUUUGGCUUGGAACUUUUGAUAGUGCUGAGGAGGCUGCUUUGGCUUAUGAUCAAGCUGCAUUUUUGAUGCGAGGUCAGUUGGCUCUCCUCAACUUCCCAAAGGAGAGAGUUCAGGAGUCGCUUCAAGAUUUGAAGAUGAGGUGCAGCUACAAGGAUGGGUAUUCCCCAGCUGCAGAAUUAAAGGAAAAAAAUAAGAUGAGAGGCAAGUCAAAAGGUAGGAGAAAGAAAGGGAAAGACCUAAAUGCAGGAAAUGCCUCAUGGAUCUCAGAAAUUUCUAACAAUGUUUUGGUACUUGAAGAUUUAGGAGCAGAUCUGCUCGACGAGCUCCUGAAUUCAUCUGAGAGCGCAAGUACUGGUUCGUAA